GCAGCGGCCGGCGACAUGAGCGGGGUAGCAGCGGCGGCAGCGGCCGGAACCGGAGCCGGGCUGGGGCGCGGGCGGGGCCGUCCAGGAGCGACCCUCUCGGCCUCGGCUCCGGCCCCGGCCGGGGAGACGCACAAGCUGGUGGUCGUGGGAGGCGGCGGCGUGGGCAAGAGCGCGCUCACGAUCCAGUUCAUCCAGUCUUACUUCGUGUCCGACUAUGACCCGACCAUCGAGGACUCCUAUACCAAACUGUGCAGUGUGGAUGGCGUCCCGGCCCGGCUGGACAUCCUGGACACCGCCGGGCAAGAGGAGUUUGGGGCCAUGAGGGAGCAAUACAUGAGGGCAGGUCAUGGCUUUCUGCUGGUGUAUGCUAUCAAUGACCGGCAGAGCUUUAACGAAGUAGGCAAGCUGCAUACUCAGAUUCUCCGAGUCAAAGACAGAGAUGAUUUCCCCAUCGUGCUGGUGGGCAACAAGGCUGAUCUGGAGACCCACAGACAGGUGCCCCGCUCGGAGGCCUCGGCCUUCUGUGCCUCCAGACACAUAGCCUACUUCGAAGCGUCGGCCAAACUUCGGCUCAACGUGGACGAAGCCUUUGAACAGCUGGUCCGAGCCGUCCGGAAGUACCAGGAGCAGGAGCUGCCCCCCAGCCCCCCCAUGCCCCCUAGGAAGAAAGCUGGGAACGGCGGUUGCCCGUGCCUCCUCCUCUAACUUCUGCGCCCGGGACCGAAGAUGGCUCUGUACCCGCCUUGCUGCCCGGGGCCCACGGGCCCGUUCGCUCUCUGGGCCGAUGGCCUGGCCGGCUAUGGGGAGGAAGCCCGAAAGCCCCUCCCCUCAGGUCCGGACACACUACACGGCCGGGGCCCCUGGAUUGGGGUCGCCCGGUGCCUUCGUCACAGCACACUCUUCCCCUCCUGCCUCGGCCACCCAGCCUCUCAAUAAACGUCACUGCCGAAA